CCUCCCCUCCCUCUCACCUCAUUUCCUCAUUUCUCAUCUUACUAUGCGAAUGGUAGUACGUGUCACUAUAAUAAGUUCUAAGAAAUCGUCGUUUACUUCCUAUUUGAUAGUGCUAAUCCCUAGAUAUAAUCCGUCUGAGUAUUAAGAGUUGUAAAGUAAAGUACCUAUUAAUUUAGGUUUCACUAUGGUAAUUCAGAAGAUUUGCUGUUUAGGAGCGGGCUACGUCGGUGGACCUACCUGCAGUGUUAUUGCACUGAAAUGCCCGGACAUUCGAGUAACUGUUUGUGACAAAAGUGAAGAAAGAAUAAGACAGUGGAACUCAGACAAAUUGCCAAUUUACGAGCCGGGUUUAGACGAUGUAGUGAGACAGUGUCGGGGGAAGAACCUUUUCUUCUCGACGGAUAUCGUUAAAGGAAUUCAGGAGGCCGAUUUGAUAUUUAUUUCUGUAAAUACGCCGACGAAGACUAUAGGGAACGGUAAGGGCCGAGCGGCGGACCUAAAAUAUGUCGAAGGAGCGGCAAGAAUGAUCGCUGAUAUCUCUACAAACAACAAAAUUGUUGUCGAAAAGAGUACUGUGCCUGUUAAGGCCGCUGAAAUCAUCAUGAAGAUACUCCGUGCGAACACCAGUCCAGGGGUACAGUACCAGAUUUUGUCUAAUCCAGAGUUUUUGGCUGAAGGAACAGCUAUUGUAGACUUGGUUGAAGCUGAAAGGGUAUUAAUUGGUGGAGAAGACACACCUGAUGGUCACAAAGCAAUCCAGGAGCUGUGCUGGGUGUAUGAACAUUGGAUACCAGCCAAAAACAUAAUUAAAACCAACACAUGGAGCUCUGAAUUGUCAAAAUUGGCAGCAAAUGCCUUUUUGGCACAAAGAAUAUCCAGUAUAAAUUCGUUGUCCGCUGUUUGUGAAGGCACCGGGGCUGAUGUGUCCGAGGUGGCCCGAGCUAUAGGCAGGGACUCUCGUAUUGGUCCCAAAUUCCUUGAGGCUUCUAUUGGCUUUGGAGGCAGUUGUUUCCAGAAAGAUAUUCUGAAUCUUAUCUACUUGUGUGAGUGUUUGCAUUUGCCAGAAGUAGCCGCUUACUGGCAGCAAGUUGUCAACCUAAAUGAGUAUCAAAAGACCCGUUUCACCCGCGAAGUCAUCGAAGCAUUGUUCAACACGGUGAGUGACAAAAAGAUUGCCAUCCUAGGCUUUUCAUUCAAGAAAAACACGGGUGACACGCGAGAAUCGCCAGCUAUAUGUGUAGCUAGUACAUUGCUUGAUGAGGGGGCAAAAUUGCACAUAUAUGAUCCAAAAGUUGAGCAUGAACAGAUUCUAUAUGAGCUGACCAAUCCGUAUGUUACACCUGAUCCGGAAAGAGUAAAAAGGAACAUUAUAAUUCAUGAUUCUGCGUAUUCAGCGGUGAAAGGAACCCAUGCAAUAGUUUUGUGUACGGAAUGGGAUGAAUUUAAGGAAUUGGACUAUAGAAAGAUAUAUGAUACAAUGAUGAAGCCAGCGUAUAUGUUUGAUGGUAGGAAGAUAUUAGACCAUGAGAAAUUGCUGAAUAUUGGGUUCCACGUGCACACGAUUGGGAAGAAGCUGAGAAGAGCCAGUAGUAUUCGAGCGCAAGGCAGCCAGACAAUGUCUUAGUUUUAGUAAAAAAAUAAAGUGCAUGUAUUAUUUGCGGCUGUAUUUUCAACACAGAUGUACGAAGUUUACAGGAAUUGUUUUGUUUACAUUUCUUUCAUAGGGCCUCGUUCGCACGGUCGGUUUUUGAACGCAAAUUUAAAAACUUUGAAAUUAAGCAUAGUAUUGUAUCUGUUAACACGUUUCAUUGUUGCAUUGCUGAGCGCUGUGCGUGUACGGUAAGUUAAAAAUACAAAAGAACAGUAUUUAUUAAUUUAACGCCACAAAACAAAAAUAGAUAAACAAUAAUGUCACUUGUGUCGAUAAGUGCGAACGUCGGGAUCCGGAGCUAUUUUACGUCCGUGCGAACGAGCAGUAAUGUUUUCACUAAAAAAUGUCAACAAGGGCAAAAAGACUCAACACUGGACCCAAAAAACCAACAAAUUAUAACUAGAAAUAGUAAGGAUAUUAUAAUGUAAAGAAUAUAUUUUUAUACUCCAUUAAUACGAUGUAUGUCGCUGUUAUUCAUAAUUAGGUAUUAUAAAUAAUUGUUCGAAAGCAUAAAAUUAUGUGUCGUAUUGUAAGAUUUACAUACAUUUGUAUAUUUUUCGAUUUAUUGUUUAUUUCAGAUAUGGUUCAAAUUUUCCUUAUCCAUUGUUUUGAAUAUUAGGUAUUUAUAUUUUUUUAGUUACUAUUGUCACAAAAACGUUAUUUCUACUUGACCGGCUUUUGACAUAAUAUAAGGUUAUUUAAUUGAUUUCUUUAAUUAGGUUUAUAAUUGGAUAAUUAUGAGUGUUUUAAGUAUUUGUAUCAACAACGUCACUAUUUAUAUGAAAAAUUAAAUUUUUUAUUGUUUAUAUCAAAAAUUAUCAUAUUAGAAAAAAAAGAAACUAUAUUUUUUAAUAUUUUAGAUAAUCUUUGAUAACUGAAGAUUUUAGUUGUUACCUAUAUGAUUUAAAUAUGCCUAAAGUAUUAUGUCAAUAAUUGGUCGACUAAAAAAUUGUAAUUAAAAGAAACUUACCUUUAUAACGAAAGACUCUUAAGCUGCACAAAAUUUAUUUUUUUUUAUUUUAAAAAUUUUUUUCAUUGCUUUAUUCGUAUUUCAAGUUUGUUUUAAGUUCUUAAGUGUAAAAUUUAAUUUUAAGAAAAUGCGUAGGCAUCUUAGUAUUAUUUACAUCAAUCCGAUUUUAAUAUUCAUGAAAAAUAUGUAUUUACAAUAAAGAAUUUAAUUAGUUAAUAAUUUUUAUAAUAAAAUUUAUGAUUGUAUGUUAAUUAAAAUGUGUUUCUGAAUGAUCAUAUUCACUCAAAAUUAUGUACACAAAUUAAAGUAAAUGGUACACUUUCAAUAUAUUUGUGUGACUUUCUGGAUAGCUAAUUAUUUAUUGUAUUCAAGAUGGGUAUAUGCCGAGGCCCCAACCAAAUUUUAUGGUCUACGACGGUAAAAAAAGACGCCAGCAAAUUUAUUUUUUAAUGGCGCAAUACAGAUUGUUAUAUAUUUAUGCACGGCCCUAAACACAUUUUAUUUUUGUGUAUAAUUUGGCCUCGAUAUUGCCAUGCAAAGUAUUAUUAUACAUAUUGUGUUUGCAAUAUUUUUUAAGAAUAAAUGAAUACAUUUAAUAUUA